UUCACUCUUUCUCUCUCUCUCUCUCUCUCUCUCCCCUCAACCCUAGCACCUCCUCCUCUGUGCUCUCUGCAACACUUCCAUGGCCAAAACCCCCCAAAAACCAAACCAAUCUGUCAAAAAACCCAAACAAUCUCCUCAUCAAAACCCCAAACUCUCAUCCUCCACCCAAACCCCUCCAUUCCCUCCUCCAACCCCUCACUCCCUACUACCCCCUCGCCGCUCCUCUCGCCUUAUUUCAUCCCCCCAACCAACACCUCCGCCGCCGUCUUCUUCUUCUUCUCGCCGAUCGUCGUUAGAUUUCAAUCCCGAUACCCCCCAAAAAUCAAUUAAUCAAAGCCUUAGCUGUGCUGAUAAUGUCAAAACUUGGAAACGCAAAGUAAUUGUUACUGAUUCUAUUGAUGUUUCGUUAUCGCCUGUGUCGCCGGAUCGAUUCGAAGUAAAGAAGAGGAAGAAAGGUAGUGAAAAGAGAAAAACUAGGGUUUUUUCCAGAAAUGGGAAGCCGAAGAAGCGGGUGUACUACAGGAAAGUAGUGUACGAUGGAGGUGAGUUUGCGGUUGGGGAUGAUGUGUAUGUGAAGAGGAGAGAGGAAGCGAGCUCGGAUGAUGAGGACCCGGAAAUCGAGGAGUGUAGGGUUUGUUUUAAAGCUGGCAAGGCUGUGAUGAUUGAGUGUGAUGAUUGUUUGGGUGGGUUUCAUUUGAAAUGCUUGAAGCCGCCAUUGAAGGAAGUCCCAGAAAAGGAUUGGAUUUGUGGGUUUUGUGAGGCUCCGAAAUUGGGCAAAGUGGUUGAGUUGCCCGUGCCGCCCAAGGGAAAGAAGCGAGCCAGGACGGCUAGCCAGAAGCUCAUUUCAAGCGAUUUGUGGGCAGUACAUAUCGAGAGUUUAUGGAAAGAGGUGGAUGGGAGCUACUGGUUCCGGGGACGUUGGUAUAUAAUCCCUGAAGAAACUGCUGCUGGAAGACAGCCCCAUAAUUUGAAAAGGGAGCUUUAUAGGACAAAUGAUUUUGCUGACAUCGAGAUGGAAUCUGUCCUUCGGCAUUGCUACGUUAUGAACCCUAAAGAAUUUGUCAAGGCCAAAAAUGAAGGCGAUGACGUUUUCCUAUGCGAGUACGAGUAUGACAUACAUUGGCAUAGUUUCAAGCGGCUUGCAGAGAUUGAUAAUGACGAAGAGGACGGUAAAGAAGCUGAGAGUGAUGAGGAUUGGAAUUCCUGCAAGGAUUCAGACUCUGACACAGAAAAUGAUAUGGAAUAUGAAGAGGAAAACAAAAAAAAAAUAUUCACUGGACCAUCUACAGUUCAUCAGUUGGCCGCUAAUUCGAGGAAAGGGCAUAUCUUCGGACUUCAAAAAAUAGGUAUGAAGAGAAUUCCAGGACAUGUGAGAUCCCACAAGCAGACUGAGCUUGAAAGAGCAAAAGCAACACUUCUAUUGGCAACUUUGCCCAAGUCUCUACCUUGUAGGAACAAAGAAAUGGAAGAGAUUACUGCAUUUAUAAAAGGUGCCAUCUGUGAUGAUCAAUGUCUUGGACGUUGCCUGUACAUCCAUGGCGUUCCUGGAACUGGCAAGACUAUGAGUGUACUCGCAGUAAUGAGGAAUCUAAAGUCUGAAGUUGAUGCAGGAAGUAUAAAGCCAUACUGUUUUGUGGAGAUUAAUGGUCUAAAAUUAGCAUCACCAGAGAAUAUUUACAGGGUUAUUUAUGAAGCAUUAAGUGGACACAGGGUUAGUUGGAAAAAGGCUCUCCAGUUGCUGAAUGAGCGAUUUUCAAAUGGAAGCAAAGGUCGCAAAGAGGAUAACCGGCCUUGUGUUCUACUCAUCGAUGAACUUGAUCUUCUUGUAACCAGAAAUCAGUCGGUUCUAUACAACAUUCUUGAUUGGCCUACCAAGCCUCAUUCCAAAUUGGUUGUGAUAGGAAUAGCAAAUACUAUGGAUCUUCCAGAGAAGUUGCUUCCUCGUAUUUCAAGCCGUAUGGGUAUACAAAGGCUUUGUUUUGGCCCCUACAACUAUCAGCAGCUUCAAGAAAUCAUUUCAACACGCCUUAAAGGAAUUGAUGCAUUUGAAAAACAAGCCAUAGAAUUUGCUUCAAGAAAGGUAGCAGCUGUUUCAGGAGAUGCACGGCGUGCACUGGAGAUAUGUAGGCGUGCAGCAGAACUCACUGAUUAUCGUAUUAAGAAAUCGGCAUCACUUCUGAGUGCUGAUUCUGGAGGGAAAGCCCUUGUUGGUAUGGCAGACGUGGAAGCAGCCAUACUAGAGAUGUUCCAGGCUCCUCAUAUUCAAGUAAUGAAAACUUGUUCCAAACUGUGUAAAAUCUUCUUGGCAGCUAUGGUGCAUGAGCUCUAUAAAACAGGAAUGGGAGAAACAACUUUUGAGAAGUUGGCAAUGACUGUUUCAUGUCUUUGCACAAGCAAUGGUGAAGCAUUUCCUGGGUGGGAUACACUCUUGAAAGUUGGCUGUAAACUUGGUGAAUGCAGAAUUAUUCUAUGCGAAGCAGGAUCUAAACACAGGUUGCAAAAGCUGCAGCUCAACUUUCCAAGCGAUGACGUGGCUUUUGCAUUGAAAGACAGCAAGGAGCUACUCUGGUUAGCCAAGUAUCUGUGAGAUUCAUAGAUAGUCAGAAGAACCAAAUGAAUGACAUGCAGUUCAUCAUCCAACAUUAUUUAUUAAUUUAUUUUUCAUUUUUCAUCUUUCAUCUUUACACUUCACAAUUCUACAAUUCAUACCAAUUUAUGUUGACAUUUGGUGUGGACAAUGGACAAUACCUUUUUUUGUUUUUGGUUUUUCUUUUCCCCCUUCUCCCAAAUUUUGAAUUAGGGCAACAUUUAUUUGUUUCUGGUGAGGCACUGCCUCUAUUUUAUUUCAUCUUAUCUGGGAAUGCUAUUGAGACCAAGUUAAUACAUUUUUGUUUUGGUGAACUAUUUA